UCCUGAAGUUGCCGGUUUAUUCCAGAGCCCGGCCCGCGACCCAGCGGGAUCGCGGAGGCCGCCCCGCCAGGGAGAAGUCGGAGUUGGGGUGCUAGGGGAGGGAGGAGCCCCGAAUCCGAGAGCGGGCUUUUCCUCUUUCUCUUUGCUCGCCCCUCGCCUUCGGGCACGCCGCCGGGAUCGGACUUGGACAGCUGACGAGAAGGAAGGGUUGGGGUCGCUAGCGUUGCCCCUCCCGGGCAUAUACCGGCCCGGGCCGGAGCCGCGUGGACAGUCUCCUGGGACGAAGCCGCGGGGUCCCAGGACCACCCCUCCGGAUUAUAAAACAGUGCGGAGGACACCCCCCCCCCAAGGCUGGUCACCAUGUGGGGGCUGCUGAUGUGGACUCUGCUGGCCCUGCACCGGAUCCGUGCGACCGGAGCCCAAGAUGACGUGGCCCCCUAUUUCAAGACGGAGCCUGUGCGGACGCAGGUGCACCUGGAGGGGAACCGCCUGGUGCUCACGUGCAUGGCCGAGGGCAGCUGGCCGCUGGAGUUCAAGUGGCUCCACAACAACAGAGAGCUGACCAAGUUCUCCCUGGAGUACAGGUACAUGAUCACCAGCCUGGACCGCACUCACGCAGGCUUCUACCGCUGCAUCGUGCGGAACCGGAUGGGCGCCCUGCUGCAGCGACAAACCGAGGUCCAGGUGGCCUACAUGGGCAGCUUUGAGGAAGGCGAGAAGCACCAGAGUGUCUCCCAUGGAGAAGCAGCUGUAAUCCGCGCCCCACGCAUCGCCAGCUUCCCACGGCCACAGGUGACCUGGUUCCGGGACGGCCGCAAGAUCCCGCCCAGCAGCCGCAUAGCCAUCACCCUGGAGAACACCCUCGUCAUCCUGUCAACAGUGGCUCCCGACGCAGGCCGCUACUAUGUGCAGGCUGUUAAUGACAAGAACGGGGAUAACAAGACCAGCCAGCCCAUCACUCUUGCCGUGGAGAAUGUCGGGGGGCCUGCAGACCCCAUCGCCCCAACCAUCAUCAUUCCUCCCAAGAACACCAGCGUGGUGGCCGGGACCUCGGAGGUGACCAUGGAGUGUGUGGCCAAUGCCAGGCCCCUGAUCAAGCUGCACAUCAUUUGGAAGAAAGAUGGGGUGCCGCUGUUGGGCGGCCUCAGCGACUACAACCGGCGGCUGACCGUCCCCAGCCCCACGGGCAGCGACGCCGGCUACUAUGAGUGCGAGGCUGUCCUGCGCAGCAGUAGCGUCCCCUCCGUCGUCCGAGGAGCCUACUUGUCUGUGCUGGAACCACCUCAGUUUGUCAAGGAGCCAGAGAGACACAUCACAGCGGAGAUGGAGAAAGUGGUGGACAUUCCCUGUCGGGCCAAAGGCGUACCUCCGCCCUCCAUCAGCUGGUACAAGGACGCGGCCGUGGUGGAGGUGGAGAGGCUGAGCCGCUUCCGGCAGCAUGGUGACGGGGGCCUGCAGAUCAGCGGGCUGCUCCCCGACGACACCGGCAUGUUCCAGUGCUUUGCCCGCAACGGGGCCGGCGAGGUGCAGACCUCCACCUACCUGGCCGUCACCAGCAUCGCCCCCAACAUCACCAGGGGCCCCUUGGACAGCACAGUGAUCGAUGGCAUGUCAGUGGUCCUGGCUUGUGAGACUUCAGGGGCGCCCCGGCCAGCCAUCACUUGGCAGAAAGGGGAGCGCGUCCUGGCCAGUGGCUCUGUCCAGCUGCCUCGAUUCACACUGCUGGAGUCCGGCAGCCUGCUCGUCAGCCCCACGCACAUCUCCGAUGCCGGGACCUACACCUGCUUGGCCACCAACUCUCGGGGGGUCGACGAAGCCUCGGCUGACCUGGUCGUGUGGGCCCGGACCCGCAUCACCAAGCCUCCCCAGGACCAGAGUGUCAUCAAGGGUACCCAGGCCUCCAUGGUGUGCGGAGUGACCCACGACCCCCGAGUGACCGUCAGCGCAAUCUUCGACCCAGAUCUUAGACCCCCUGCCCACCGGGUGGACAGCAGACGGGUCUGGCUGAUUGCCUGGGAGCCAGAGCAGGAAGAGGAGGUUACCAUGGUGACUGCCCGGCCCAACUUUCAAGACAGCAUCCACGUGGGCUUCGUGUCCGGCCUGAAGAAGUUCACCGAGUACUUCACCUCCGUGCUGUGCUUCACCACUCCUGGCGAUGGGCCUCGAAGCACCCCCCAGCUGGUGCGCACCCAUGAGGAUGUGCCUGGUCCUGUGGGACACCUGAGCUUCAGUGAAAUCCUGGACACCUCGCUGAAGGUCAGCUGGCAAGAGCCAGGAGAGAAGAAUGGCAUCCUCACAGGGUACCGGAUCUCCUGGGAGGAGUAUAACCGAACCAACACCCGCGUGACCCACUACCUGCCCAACGUGACCCUGGAGUACCGCGUCACGGGCCUCACUGCGCUUACCACCUACACCAUCGAGGUGGCCGCCAUGACCGCCAAGGGCCAGGGCCAGGUGUCCGCGUCAACCAUCUCUUCCGGCGUGCCUCCAGAACUCCCAGGGGCCCCCACCAACCUGGGCAUUUCCAACAUCGGCCCCCGCUCCGUGACCUUGCAGUUCAGGCCAGGCUAUGAUGGGAAAACCUCCAUCUCCCGCUGGCUGGUGGAGGCUCAGGUAGGCGUGGUUGGGGAGGGAGAGGAGUGGCUGCUGGUUCACCAGCUCACCAACGAGCCCGACGCCCGCUCCAUGGAGGUGCCCGAGCUCAACCCCUUCACCUACUACAGCUUCCGAAUGCGCCAAGUGAACAUCGUGGGCACCAGCCCACCCAGCCAGCCUUCUAGAAAGAUCCAGACCCUCCAGGCACCCCCUGACAUGGCCCCUGCCAACGUGACCCUGCGCACAGCCAGUGAGACCAGCCUGUGGCUCCGCUGGAUGCCUCUCCCGGAGAUGGAAUACAACGGGAACCCCGAGUCGGUGGGCUACAAGAUCAAAUACAGCCGGGCAGACGGCCACGGCAAGACGCUGAGCCACGUGGUCCAGGACCGCGUGGAGCGUGAGUACACCAUCGAAGACCUGGAGGAGUGGACAGAGUACCGCGUCCAGGUCCAGGCCUUCAAUGCCAUCGGGAGUGGGCCCUGGAGCCAGAUGGUGACGGGCAGGACCCGGGAGUCAGUGCCGUCCUCUGGCCCCACCAACGUGUCUGCACUGGCCACGACCUCCAGCAGCAUGCUAGUGCGCUGGGACGAGAUCCCUGAGGCCGACCGCAAUGGGCUCGUGCUGGGCUACAAGGUGAUGUAUAAGGAGAAGGACUCGGAUUCCCAGCCCCGGUUCUGGCUGGUGGAAGGGAACUCGUCACGCAGCGCCCAGCUCACAGGGUUGGGCAAAUACGUGCUCUAUGAGGUCCAGGUGCUAGCCUUCACGCGCAUUGGGGAUGGCAGCCCCAGCCACCCUCCCAUCCUGGAGCGGACGCUGGAUGAUGUCCCGGGGCCGCCCAUGGGCAUCCUGUUCCCAGAGGUGAGGACCACGUCCGUGCGACUGAUCUGGCAGCCCCCCACCGCCCCCAACGGCAUCAUUCUUGCCUACCAGGUCACACACCGGCUCAACGCCACCACGGCCACCACGGCCACUGUGGAGGUGCUAACACCCAGCACCCGCCAGUACACCGUGACCGGCCUCAAGCCGGAGUCCGUCUACCUGUUCCGCAUCACGGCCCAGACCCGCAAGGGCUGGGGAGAGGCCGCCGAGGCCUUGGUGGUGACCACCGAGAAGAGAGACCGCCCCCAGCCCCCCAGCAAGCCGGUGGUGCAGCAGGAGGACGUGAAGGCUCGCAGCGUGCUGCUGUGUUGGGAGCCGGGAAGCGAUGGCCUGUCCCCCGUGCGCUACUACACCGUCCAGACCCGCGAGCUGCCCAGCGGCCGGUGGGCACUGCACUCAGCCUCCGUGAGCCACAACACGUCUGCCUUCGUGGUGGACAGGCUCAAGCCCUUCACGUCCUACAAGUUCCGCGUGAAGGCGACCAAUGACAUUGGGGACAGCGAGUUCAGCGAGGAGUCAGAGCCACUGACCACUCUGCAGGCCGCACCCGACGAAGCACCCACCAUUGUGUCGGUGACACCCCACACCACCACCUCCGUGCUGAUUCGAUGGCAGCCACCGGCAGAGGACAAGAUCAACGGCAUCCUCCUGGGCUUCCGGAUCCGGUACCGGGAGCUGCUCUACGAGGGGCUGAGGGGCUUCACACUGCGUGGCAUCAACAACCCGGGGGCCAAGUGGGCUGAGCUUACCUCCAUGUACUCCAUGCGGAACCUGAGCCGGCCCAGCCUCACCCAGUACGAGCUGGACAAUCUGAACAAACACCGGCGGUAUGAGAUACGGAUGAGCGUGUACAACGCCGUGGGGGAGGGGCCCUCAAGCCCCCCCCAGGAAGUCUUCGUCGGGGAAGCAGUGCCCACCGCAACGCCCCGUAACGUGGCUGUCCAUGGCGCCACGGCCACACAGCUUGAUGUGACCUGGGAGCCACCACCACUGGAGAGUCAGAACGGAGACAUCCAGGGCUACAAGUCCCCCAGCUCCCAGUGCCAGCAAAAGACCCCUCGAAGUGGUCAUUUGACCAACUCUAAUUACACUGUUGAUUUGGCCAAGCGGCAAAGGACCCCUGGCUAA